AUGGAUCCUAAUGCUGAAGUCAACCAAUCCUUCCUGAAGCAGGUACGCCGAAAUUUCUCUCCCGUCGACUACGAAGGAGUGCCGCGUGUCAACUCGAGGAUGGCCAAAGCAGGUAAGCCUGUUCUCAGGAGAGACAAGGGCGAAGAGAUGAAAAAAUGGAGGCCAGAGAACAGAGAGUACCUCCUGCACCAAGACACAGUCGUGCCUCCAAUGCCUAAAAUCCGGGAAUGGGACUCUGCAACCCGAAUCGAAACAUUGAUUCCCAGUCAUAUUUCGGUUUAUGAUGCUGCAACGGCAUCUCGCCUGCCUAACCCGAUGCCUGGCUUCGUUGAUCUCUCUACUAGCAGAAAGGGAUACGAAGAAACAGGCAGCUUCGAGAACCCUCCUUUCAUCGCCGUCCGCCCCUCGCACAAUCUCAGUAAGGAAAUCGACAUUCCGAUGGAUGCCUCUUCGUCUACAGAUACGCCUUGCUCAAAAGGUGUGACAGCUGAGGACGAGUCCGCCGAAAUCAAGCCUGUUCCCUUGGCAUUCAGUCUGAUGAUGAAGCAUGAUUCUGGUAAUCGUCAAACGCCUGCUCGUCGGGUGCACUCCAAUAGGGUCAAGAAAGCAAAGAAGGUUGCACCAAUCCAGAGUUCCAAUAUCACCAAGUACUUCGACAAACUCUCUUGA